GACGAGGAUGGGAUGCUGCCAGCAAGGAACAAGCUCCUGCGUGACAGCAACAGAAUUCACCUGCUGACGGAUUACGCACGGACAGCCGAGAAGCAGCCGGUUGGGACAGUAUGGCGAAGGCGACCACAAGUCUGCAGUUGGGGCAAGUAGAACAUUUCGACAAUUCUACGAGCGAUUGGACUAGCUACGAAGAGCGCGUGCACGCGUACCUUCGAGCCAAUAAUGUCCCGGAGGAGCGGAAGGUAGACGCGUUCAUCAGCAUAUUGGGUCCACAGACGUAUUCGCUCCUCAAGUCGCUCGCCGCUCCAGAUAAGCCGUCCUCGAAGUCCCUAGAAAGCUUGUGCGAGCUGCUUCGCAAACAUUUGGCCCCUGAACGGUCAGUCAUAGGGGAGCGAGCGAAGUUUCAUCGCCGAGGGCAGAAGGAACAUGAAACGAUACCGCAGUACGUGGCGAAGUUACGGGCAUUGGCACAAACAUGCGAGUUUGGUACAUUUCUUGACGAGUCGCUUCGAGACAGAUUUGUGUGCGGUUUACUCAGAGUCGACAUUCAAAGACACUUGUUUUCGGAAGACAAGAAUCUAACGUUUCAACGAGCCGUCGACCGCGCAACAGCUUUGGAAGCUGCGCUCGCUAACGCAACAGCUGCUCAUUCGAAGCCUGAAAGCGAGUUCGGGAUGAAUCAGUUGCCUACCAGGGGAACGACGAAAUGCUUCCGCUGUAACUCAACUCACCCUGCCAAUUCGUGUCCGCACGUCAAUGCGACUUGUUUUUUCUGCAACAAGAAAGGGCACAUUCAGAAAGCCUGCCUAAGGCGGCAAGGAAAAUUGCAGCCGAAGCGGAAGCGAACAGCACAGAACGUUCGGGUUUUACAACCAUCAGAAUCACCCUUGCGGAGCGUUGCAACGAAAGAGGUAGAGACAGGAGACCCCAUCAUGCUCAGCUUAAUUGUUGAGGGUGUUCCCUUGCAAAUGGAACUUGAUACGGGAGCUGCCGUUUCGGUAAUGUCUCUGGGUCAGUUCCGCUCACUUUUUCCGACAGUACCUCUGAAGGAGACUAAGUUGACACUUAGGACUUAUACGAGCGAACCUGUGAAGCCAUGUGGUGUUUGCUUUCUCAGGAUUGAGCACAACGAUCAGUGCCAGCGCUUGCCGCUGUACGUGCUUCCCCAGAGCGGUCCAGCGCUGUUCGGGCGCAACUGGCUUCAGCAAGUGCGCAUCGAUUGGAGUCAAGUUCGCGGCCUGCAACAGCUACAGUGUGAGAGAUCACUAGCCGCUCAACGACUUCCCGAGCUCCAAUCCUUGCUUGACCGCCAUAAGGACCUCUUCAAGAACGAGCUAGGCACCAUCCGAGGUGAGAAGGCAACUCUUGUUUUCAAAGAUGGCAAAACGCCAAAAUUUUUCAAAGCCCGAAGCGUUCCGUUUUCUCUAAAAAGUACGGUUGAGCAAGAGUUGUCUAGACAAGAACAGAUGGGCAUCUUGACAUCAGUAACGAGUAGCGAGUACGCUACUCCGGUGGUGCCAGUUUUGAAGCGGGACGGGUCAAUAAGAGUAUGCGGUGAUUACAAGUUGACACUGAACCCCAUACUUGACGUAGAACAUUACCCGUUACCCAAGCCCGACGAGCUGUUUGCAGCCCUCGCUGGCGGACAGCAAUUUUCUAAAAUUGAUCUUAACAGGGCGUACCAGCAAGUAGAAAUGGAUGAAGAGUCAAAACGGUACCUGACGCUUAAUACCCACAAGGGUCUUUACGCCGUGAAUCGCCUACCCUUCGGAAUUGCUUCGGCACCCGCAAUAUUCCAGAAAAUAAUGGAUAAUGUCUUGAAGGGCCUCAACUUCGUGUUUUGCUACAUUGACGAUAUCCUAAUUACGGGACGCUCAAAGGAAGAACACUUGCACAACCUUGACGCAGUUCUCAAAAGACUGUCAGAACGUGGAAUUCGCGUCAAGCCGUCGAAGUGCGAAUUCUUUCGUGACGAGCUGACUUAUCUGGGCCAUGUAAUCAACAAACACGGCAUCCACCCAACGGACGAAAAACUGGCUGCGAUAACCAAUGCACCGGCGCCAACUGAUAAGCACCAACUUCAAUCGCUGCUGGGCCUCAUCAACUACUAUGGAAAGUUCGUUCCAAACUUAUCCACUGUUCUUUUCCCCUUAAACAGGCUUUUGCAGAAAGACGCCGCCUGGGAUUGGGACACGGCUUGCGACCGCGCCUUUCAGCACAUCAAGCAGCUGCUUUCGUCAGCUCCGAUCUUGGCGCACUAUGAUCCAAGCCUACCCCUGCAGUUAUCCUGUGAUGCGUCCGCCUACGGGAUUCGGAUUCCCCGAGACUUUAGUGUCCGACAACGGUACUCAGUUUACUUCUGCAGAUUUCCAGGAGUACCUGCAGCGAGUAGGGACCAGACACGUGAGAACAGCCCCGUAUCAUCCCAGCAGCAACGGUCUAGCAGAACGUUUCGUCCAGACGCUGAAGGGUGCACUUCGGAAGUCCAGCCGACCCACAUCACCGUCGGAGCUGGCAGACUUCCUCCUGUCGUACCGCAACACUCCGCAAGCGACUACCGCAGAGGCACCCUCUAUUUUGCUGUUGGGGAGGCGCCUCAGGACUAGGCUAGACCUCAUCAGGCCCUCCGUUGAGGAGCGGGUCGCCCGCAAACAGUUCCAGGACACCAGUCGCCGCAGGCACCGUGCAACUACCUUCAGCGAAGGAGACUUCGUGCGUGUCCGAAAUUUUCGCCGCGGACCAAGGUGGUUCAGUGCUACCGUUCUCGCCCGCACCGGCCCAGUGUCGUAUCGUGUUAGUGUUGUGACCCCCCGGGGUGUGUGUGAGUGGGUGCGUCACCGCAACCACAUAGUACGCGCUCCUGACUCUGACGACACAGUGAUCACAGCCACCGACUUCCAAGAUGAAGACGUCACUGCUGGCACAGACACUAGCAGCAGCACCACCGAGCCUGUGGAACAGCCGCCGACACACCUGGAAGCCGCCGAGCAGGGUCGCCGCUACCCACUACGUCAGCGCAGACCUCCCGACCGCUACGGCACCUAAUCCUACUACGGGACAAUAAACAAGUGUGGGGGAGAUGAUAUGUCGCGCGCCUAGGCGAUAAGGCGUCACAGCUAGGCAUGCGCUGUGGUGGCGGCGCAGCGUUAUCACCUUUUGGUUGUGCUUAAAAGCGCCGGCAUUCAAGCUGGCGUGUGCUUUCAUUACUGUAACAUUGAACCGGGCAGUUCGCCCGUUGCUGUUAAGUUGAUGGCUAAAUAAAGCCGUA